AUGUCCCCGUUGAUGUUUAAAGAUGCCUUCUGGGGUUCUGAUUUCACCUGUCAUGCCGGCUAUGAUGCCCUGAUCCAGAGGCUGAGAGAGGGACGACAAAUGUGCAAAGAUGUGGAGGAGCUCUUAAAGAUGAGGGCCCAAGCAGAGGAGCGGUAUGGAAAAGAGCUGGUGACUAUUGCUCGUAAAGCAGGAGGAAACACCGAGAUCAGUACUUUGAGAGCAUCCUUUGAACAAUUAAAAUCCCAAAUUGAGAACAGUGGAAACUUUCACAUCCAAUUAUCGGAUAUAUUGAAAGAGGAGGUGAAAAAGAUUGAGACUUUCAGGGAGCAUCAGAAAGAGCAGAGAAAAAAGUUUGAAAGCAUCAUGGAGAAGGUUCAUAAGAAAAAGGUUGCUUUGUUCAAGAAGACAAUGGAGUCUAAGAAGAAUUAUGAAGUGAAAUGCAAAGAGACUGAUGAAGCAGAGCAGGGGGCUGAGAAAACAAGUACCCAAUCCAAAAAUCCUGAAAAGGUACGUCAAAGGAUUAAACAAUGCAGGCAAACAGCCAGUGAAGCAGAGAAGCUGUACUUGAACAACAUUGAUCAACUAGAAACUGUUCGACAAGACUGGGUGGAGACCCACAGAAGCACAUGUGAGGUGUUCCAACAGCUGGAGGGAGAUCGCAUUGGCAUGAUCAGGUGUGCUCUCUGGGACCACUGCAAUCAUUUCUCCAUGCAGUGUGUCAAAGAUGAUGAGCUCUAUGAGGAGGUGAGGAAGUAUCUGGAAAGGUGUGACAUUAUCACAGACAACAACUGCUUCAUAGGGAUGAAAAGCACAGGCUUGAAGCCACCAGAGCCCAUAGUGUUUGAAAGCUAUCACCAGAAUGGGACGACAAGAACCAGCAAUGGCCAAGCCAAUUCUUCAAGCGCAAAUAAUCCUAGAAGGUGCUUUGACCCGCUACUCAGGAACUCUAUGAGCCUCAACCUCAGCAGCCCUAUACACCCACGACCAACACUGGCAUCUAUUGGAGAGUGCAAGGUAUCAGACGGAGGACAUUCACUCCUACCAGGCGUUAAGCAAGAAGGAUCACUGGCUAUAGCUCCAGCUGAAAACAUGUGCUAUGUUGUACUUUAUGACUACACUGCAAAGGAAGAGGAUGAGCUGUCUGUGAGCCGAGGGGACGUGGUUCAAGUGCUGCAACAAGGAGAAGAUGGCUGGUGGACAGUGGAGAGGAAUGAGCUCAGCGGACUGGUGCCAGGAAACUAUCUGGGACAAAUUUGA